AUGGUGGUCGAUGUGUCACAUUCUACGUCAAUGAGCGCUUUUAAUCGUAUGGGGCAGCUUCUCUAUGACAUUGGCUUAUGUUCAGACUGAGCCCGGUCAAUUAACAGGGUUGCAGACACAUUCUGGCUAUCCUUAAAUUCAUCACAUUCUUCAUCUUCAUUAAAAUCUUCUUUACAAUCAAAUGUAAACAGCAUGGCCACUGUCAUUGAAGACCUAGAAAACGUCCAAAGCUACCUAUUAGACGAUUUUAGCAAAUGGUCUUACUGCUCAAAUUCAGAUAAAAAAUUUCCAUUAAAUUUAUUUAUUUUUUUUAUUUUUAUAAAAAAUAUUCCAUAUUCAACAAAUAUCCUAUAUUUUAGUAAGCCCUUAUAUCCCAGUAUGGCUUUUUAAUGGAGACCAAGUGACUAUGAUCCAUGACAACCUUUUUAACACAGUUUCCAGAUUUAUAAUAAAUGGGCAUUCCUUAAUGGCAGAAUCACUGAUAAAUUCUACAUAUCAAGAACAUGCUAAAUUUUUAAUGAUAAAUGGGCUAGGGUUUACAUGGAAUUAUUUUAAUCGAACGAUGGCUGGGGUAGCUGAUUGUGAGCUGCAUAGAGUAAAGACAACUGGGAGCAAUAUAAGAGCUUUUUUAUAUGUAGGGCUUUCUACUUCAGGAGCUUUAUACUUAAUAUUAAUUGGAUUUAUUAUGCUUGUUUCAAGAAAACAUGAUGAGUUUUGGACUUUUAUUUUAAAUAAUGCAGCCCCGUCUUUAGCAAAAUUAAAGAUUACUUGUAUUGAUAGACUAAUUACAGCACAUGGGGUAGACUAUGCGUCGGAAACUAAAAUUGAUGUACAAAAACACAUAAAAAAGACUAUAAAAACUACUAUUUAUAUUAGCUAUAUCUGAAGAGUCACCAUGUUUUUGACGAUUGGUAUCUCUUAUUAUUUGCUGCUGCAGUUGUACUUAUACCCUAAAUGUGAAACUAUGAUGAUAAAUCGGCCUAAAUUUAUUAACACUUUUAACCUUAAAAGAUCACUGUUAUCAAGGCUUCUGAUUUUUUCAAGAGAUGCGUAUUCCCCUUAUUUUAUCAACAUUUUUAAUGAAACUUAUGAUUUUCCUAGCUCAAAAAUAUAUACAUUAAAUGGCGAAACAUCCCAACUGCCUUCUUGGCGCAGCAGUCCAGACCUUAUGGUUACGGCGAACUGGGACGGAUCCGAGCUGAGAAUCAAGUGCAGGCUCCAGAGGUGUAUAUUUCCGGGUAGAUUUUGGCUGCCUACCUGUGAUUGGAAUUGGAGGUGCUAAACAACGUCUUUUGGAUCUGAGGACCAUGGGCAUUCCUCUGCCGAAAAAUUUGGGUUUCGGCCUAGGCCACAGGGGAACAGUCUUUUUUUUCCUGUAACUGUCGAAGGAAGGCACUUCAAUACCCGAUAAACUCCAAGGAUCCUUGGAAUCAAGCUACUCCAAUCGCCCAUAGUAAGGCCGCAGAAAUCUAUAAGCCGCCCACUCAAGACUGAAGCCACAAAGCAGAAUGCAGCGGAAGGGCACUCGUAAGAGGGAUAGACUCACUGAGUUGGAGUCGAAAAGUGGAUGAGCCUGCCAUACGGGAGGUCUUUGGCGAUUGCGUCACCAAUAGGCCAGCGCCUGACUUUAAUAAUCCUAAUCCUGGCUCAAAAAUAUAAGCCACCCUCUCAAGAGCCGCAAGGUAAGGAGGAUACGGAAGGUACCAGAAGUGUCAUCCACCUUCGGGGGGAAGGACCCUCUGAGCUGGAGUUGAAAAAAGGGAGAACCUCCAGUACAGUAGGUCUUUGGUGACUGCGUCACCAAUAUGGCUAAAGUCUUCCUUUUAAUAAUCCUAAUCCUAGCUCAAAAAUCAUGAUAGAAAGAACCUCAAAAGCCGUCAACGACCAAGUCCAAGAGCUAAAAAAGCAGGAUUUUAUUGAUUUACUUUCAGAUGAGCUGAAAACCAAAAUUUUCGAACAUGAAAAAAAUUCGACAGUAGAUUUUACUGCAUAUGGGAUUGAGGACGGUGUUAUGGUUUUGGUAGGGGAUUUAGUGUCUUUUUCUCAUAAUAAUUUAUCAGACCCUUCAGUGCUCCAACAGUUAAUUGAUUAUUCAGUUGUUAUUCAAAGACAAGUUGGGGAGGAAUUUGAUCUGGCAGAUAGAGACUCAAAAAAGCUGAUAGAGGACCAGCUGGAAAUUAUUAUCGAUGUAAUGGCGGUUUAUUCAUCAGCUAUGUGUGUGCUGUUUUUAUUUUAUUAUUUGCCUUACUUGAAUCGCCAAAUUAAUAAGCUGAAGAAAUUUGCAAUUUUGCCGACGAUUUUAUCAAUUGAGUCUGAUUAG